ACGGGUACGCGGCGGCAGCCGAGCGCAGCAGCCCGCCGCGGCCCGGAUCCGCGCCCGGAUCGGCCCGCGCUACAGCGCGCUCGGCUCAACUGCUCUAGCGCCUUCCGCGGGCCUCUCCGCCCAUCUUUCGCAGCCCGGGAGGGUUCCGGGCGGUCAGAUCAGACCUAGCGCGCUCUCCUCCGCGACCCGGGGGGCAUGUAGCGCACCCGGGACGCACACACUCUCCUGCACGCCCACCGACACACACGCACGCACGCACCCGCCGGCGGCUCGGAGUUUCCAGCUGGAGAGGUCGGACAUGCUGAAGCCCGGAGACCCCGGCGGCUCGGCCUUCCUCAAAGUGGAUCCAGCCUAUUUGCAGCACUGGCAGCAACUCUUCCCGCACGGCGGCAGCGGCGGCCCGCUCAAGGGCGGCGGCGCCGCGGGUCCCCUGGGCGCGCCGCAGCCUCUCCAGCCGCCGCCGCCGCCGCCGCCGCCCCCGGAGCGCGCAGAGCCUCCUCCGGACAGCUUGCGCCCGCGGCCCGCCUCGCUCUCCUCUGCCUCCUCCACUCCGGCUUCCUCCUCCACCUCGGCCUCCUCUGCCUCCUCCUGCGCCGCCGCUGCCGCCGCCGCCGCCGCCGCCGCGCUGGCGGGGCUCUCGGCUCUGCCUGUGGCGCAGCUGCCGGUGUUCGCCCCUCUGGCCGCCGCUGCCGUCGCCGCGGAGCCGCUGCCCCCCAAAGACCUGUGCCUCGGCGCCGCCUCGGGUCCCGGGCCUUCCAAGUGCGGCGGCAGCGGCGUGGACGGCCGGGGCGCGCCGCGCUUCCGCUGCAGCGCGGAGGAGCUGGACUAUUACCUGUACGGCCAGCAGCGCAUGGAGAUCAUCCCGCUCAACCAGCACACCAGCGACCCCAACAACCGUUGCGACAUGUGCGCGGACAACCGCAACGGCGAGUGUCCCAUGCACGGGCCGCUGCACUCGCUGCGCCGGCUCGUGGGCACCAGCAGCGCCGCGGCCGCCGCGCCCCCGCCGGAGCUGCCCGAGUGGCUUCGGGACCUGCCGCGGGAGGUGUGCCUGUGCACCAGCACGGUGCCGGGCCUGGCCUACGGCAUCUGCGCGGCGCAAAGGAUCCAGCAGGGCACCUGGAUCGGGCCCUUCCAGGGCGUCCUCCUGCCCCCGGAGAAGGUGCAGGCCGGCGCUGUGAGGAACACGCAGCAUCUCUGGGAGAUAUAUGACCAAGAUGGAACACUACAGCACUUUAUUGAUGGUGGGGAACCUAGUAAGUCGAGCUGGAUGAGGUAUAUCCGAUGUGCAAGGCACUGCGGAGAACAGAAUCUAACAGUAGUUCAGUACAGGUCGAAUAUAUUCUACCGAGCCUGUAUAGAUAUUCCCAGGGGUACCGAGCUUCUGGUGUGGUACAAUGACAGCUAUACGUCUUUCUUUGGGAUCCCCUUACAAUGCAUUGCCCAGGAUGAAAACUUAAAUGUCCCCUCCACGGUCAUGGAGGCCAUGUGCAGACAGGACGCAUUACAGCCUUUCAGCAAGAGCAACAAGCUGCCGCCAGCCGCCCAGCAGCGCUCCGUGGUUUUCCCCCAGACUCCGUGCAGCAGGAACUUCUCCCUCCUGGAUAAGUCUGGGCCCAUGGAGUCAGGAUUUAACCAAAUCAACGUGAAAAACCAGCGCGUCCUUGCAAGCCCCACCUCCACGAGCCAGCUCCACUCGGAGUUCAGUGACUGGCACCUUUGGAAAUGCGGGCAGUGCUUUAAGACUUUCACGCAGCGGAUCCUCUUACAGAUGCACGUGUGCACGCAGAACCCCGACAGACCUUACCAGUGUGGUCACUGCUCGCAGUCCUUUUCACAGCCGUCAGAGCUGAGGAACCACGUGGUCACUCACUCCAGUGACCGGCCCUUCAAGUGCGGCUACUGUGGUCGUGCCUUUGCCGGGGCCACCACCCUCAACAACCACAUCCGAACCCACACUGGAGAGAAGCCCUUCAAGUGCGAGAGGUGUGAACGGAGCUUCACGCAGGCCACGCAGCUGAGCCGGCACCAGCGGAUGCCCAAUGAGUGCAAGCCAAUAACUGAGAGCCCAGAAUCAAUUGAAGUGGAUUAACUGAUUGACUGGUUGGAAUUAAACUGCAAGCAAAGUCAUGAUUAAAUGUCAUGGACACUUAAGCAAAACCAAAGAUUUCCUCUGAGCAACUUUCAAUCAGUCCUGGAAAACCAAAAGCAGUAAUAAAAUAAGUAAGAUGUUAAAGAGAUAUUGAUCCUGGCGUGGAAGUCAGACCAGGAAAGAGAUUAUUUAUUUAUGACUAGGGAUGAGAUGUUUCAGUGGACCACAACCUGGGCCGCGUCACGUUUCUGGUCCCACCGUGUAUUUGCUUUGUUUCUAAAAAGCUUUUUUAAACUGUAAUUUAAUACCAAAGGGAGGAAUCGUGUGGGUUCUUCAGUUCACACUUGUGACGAAGAACACACAGGGACUUCUUUCUCGUUGCACCUUUUUUUUUUUAGUAGCAUGAUUCAAGGGGACCCAUGUUGUACAGCCCUCUCGGUCCUGCCAUUUGGGUUCGCGUGGCCUGAUUCGGCCGCCCCAGUACAACCGGAAGCCGGAGCCUCCGCUCAGUCAGUGCCACCAUCAGCCCCGCGGGUGGUCCGUUUCUGUGUUGUCCACGCUCCUUUCCGAGCCCGUCUUUACGCCACUCCUUCCGUCCAUCCACCCACCCACCCACCCGGCAGCCCAGCCUUGAUGCAGAAGAGCCUUGGAGAGGAAGAAAACGGUUUGGUUUCAGAAUUCAAGAGGGGGAAAAAAAAAGCGGGGAACUUAUUUCGUCCUGUCAAGAUCUCAGAAACAUUUAAAAUGUACAGAGCUUCAUAAUUCAGUAUAUUGUUCCGAAGCAGCUAGUGGAGACGAUUUUGUUUUCAAUAACAUUUUAGCUUAAAAAAAAAACAAAAACAA